AUGUCAAGUCUCGAGGGACCCUUCGCAUGGAAGGAGGCAAGUACAUUCCGCGCCAUGCGGAGUACGGUAGAUGGUCGUCCGGAACACACCAGCCUCUCUGCUCCAAACCUAGGCGUCGCAUCUCGGACCCACAUUGUGAACAACAUCCGAGCAUUGAAGUCCGACAAUAACGACAUUUACGACGACAGCGAGAGGUCUUGGUUAUCGCCGAUUGCAGGGGUGUUGUCGAAGGUCAGUCCCUCCGCCCAGGGGCUCGCGAACAAGUUGUGGCUAAAGGCGGAAACGAAUCCCGAAAAAGUGUUUAAGAUCUUACGUCUUCGACAUGCUGCUGUAAAGCUCGACGAUAACCCACGGUUCCUCCUGUGGCUCAAGUACGUGGACAUGUACUCGAAGCUAAAGUACCGCUCGUACUCCAACAACCAAGUGUUCGACCUACUGCGAUUGUCGAAUUCGGACGAAGAGUUGGUGACACUCUUUCUGUCGCUACGGCGAGCGUCGGGCAUGAGGGAGUUCGCUGAUGAGAUGCAGAGAUACCUCUUCUUGUCCUCAUCGACCAGCCACCGGCUGCUGAACGAGGCGUGGCUGAAAGCUCGUGAGACUCCGACGGAGUGGUUCAAGUACACGGAGCUGUACAGGUCGGCCUUUGGAGACGAAGCCUUCUCCACCCUGAAGACGUACCAGUUUAUGAUGGACACGUUCCCAAUGAAGUUAAACUCAGAGUUCGCAACACUCUUCCAACUAGCCAAGCAGGCUCCGGAACUGACCGAGUUUGGCGAGAAAAUGCUGAGUUACCUGUUCACGGGUUGGCUGAAGAGGAAGCUCACCCCCAGGUUUGUCGAGGACCAGCUGAAGCACCCAUGGAACACUGCAGUGUUAGAGUUACCGACCACGCUCUUUAUGGAGCGCCAAGAGACUACACGCUAUUCUAUACGGCGAAACGGGGUGAACAAAACGUCUUGA